UAUAACUUGCUUUUUUCAUAAAACUCGUCCAAAAGUGUAAAAUACCAAGUUACAAAAGUGAUUUUUACAAGUGAACACGUAAUGAAGAUUCCAGAAUAAUUUUAUUAAAACAGUCAUUGAUGAAACAUAAAUUAGAGAAGCUAAGAUUGUGCGUUUUACGGAAAUCCGCGAAAAUGUUCAAUUUGUACCAGCAUAUGAAGGCUAAUAAUGAGGGGAAAGAGCAGAAAGAACCGGAGACGACCGGUCAUGACCGGUUUUAUCAGGAACGGCCGCGGAGUAGUUAUAGGAAGAAGAAACGUCGUGGUGCUUGCAGGAGGGCUCAAUCUGCAGCUGAACUCAACCCUGAGUCUAUCGCUGCAGCCAAUAAACGGAAUGCGUUCAGAAUACGAUCAGUGUCCACUGACCGAGAAGAGAGUGAAGAAGAGAAUUCAGAGCGUGCUCCGCUCGUUGCUCAGAAGAUAGACUCGUUAGCCAAGCUGUUGUUCAACAAGUCUAUCAUCGGGACUGGCUCCGGCAAGUCUUCGCCUUUGGAACCACCUGCGUCACCAAGAGUCGGCGACCGCUCUAUGGAGAGCUCAGCUGCAUUGGCUAUUUGUACAGAAUAUUUGGCACAGUCACCCAGAUACGAUUUACUGUCCGCUCUGGGUCCCAUCGGCUGCCGAACUAACAAGCAUUGGUUCGCAAUUCACGACAACUCCAUUAAAACCGACAGACUUCUAACUUUGAUGCCGCUAACUUCAAAAUGUCCCAUCGAGCAAGGCGAGCGUACAAAGACAUUGAUAAUGGAGUUAUUUCGAGCUCUCCACCAUCCUUAUAUUUAUCCCGUACUAGAUCUCGAGCUUUGUAACGGCCAUGCUCUUACAGUGUUACCUUUUAACGCUAGAGGGAGCCUCAAGGAUCUAAUUUACAAGAGUAUGUGGAACGAAGAGUAUACUCGUAAAUACGGAACUACAGGCACUGGCCUCCCGGCGUGGCAAGUCGCGAGGUUCGGCCGGCAAAUGUUAGAAGGAUUACUCUUCCUUAAAGAGAAGGGGUUCCCUCCAUUCCGACACUUGCAUUCAGGAAAUGUUGUAGUACAGAACGGUGUUGCGCGGAUAUGCGGUUUAGAGAACACUCUUAUAGGUGCCCAGCCGCGGUGUCCCAUAGCUCUAGCGGCACAGUUAGAACACGUCGAGGCAUUGUCUCUGGGACACGUACUGUUCGAGAUGUGCGCCGGCGCUGAGAUUGACCUGUCAUUAUUACCAGAUUUGCUGCCUAAUUAUCCUAAUGUAGUGGAGAUCAUCGAGCAGAUCUUUGGUCCUCGCACCCCCAGUCUGCACGAGCUGCUACUCUGCGAGCUCUUCAGGAAGAUAGACCUGCGCGAGAUGAAGGGCUCCUGUUUACCGAACUUCAGCCAGCGUCUAUCCCGCUCGUGCCUGUCGCUGCUGGGCGAGGUGGCGCGGCGCACGCCGGGGUCGCCGCGCACGCGCACGCCGCCGCGCCGCUCCGUGCCCGCCUCGCCCGCCUCGCCUGCUACGCCCACGCAUCGGAGGCACUUCCCUACAGACCAGGAUUUCACUGAAGAGUGGCAGUGGUAGUACACCUGUUCGAAAUUAUAUAUCAAUAAAUCUU